AUGGCGUUCCUCGCCUGCGUGCUUCUAAUCGCCGCGCUCCUCUCCCCCGCCGCGACCACCAGCACCGCCUCCGCCACGCUCCUGGAUGGCGAUCAUAGCAGCAGUGUGGUGACCAAGCGCCUGUCGCGUGUCUCGCCAGAUGCCGCAUUCGUCGCAGAAUUUCGUCGUCCGUCCGUCGCCCGUCGCCUGAGCGACGGAGUGGCGCAGCCAGCCGCGGCGAGCCCGCGACCGGGCGAUGUGAAGCUCGCACCCUCGCAAUUGGCGGCGCUGGUGGCGCUGACGGGGUGGGAAGCGACGGCCGAGCUGUGCUCCGAGUGGACGGGCGUCACGUGCGACGGCAGAGGCAUGGUCACCAACAUAGAGCUACAGGAUCAUCUCAUCUCUGCGGCCACCACCACCCCGCCUGGACGCGUGCCGGCUGACAUCGCUGCCUUCACCGCCCUCCAAGUCCUGAACCUGCGCGGCCAGGACCUUUCAGGCCCCAUACCAAUGGACGCAUUCCGCAACCUCACCUCUCUCCAGGAACU